CUUAGCACUAGCAGAGAGCGAGAAAAAGAAGCAUGGAUCCACUCAAUUCUACUAAACCCGAAGACCACCAGAUUCGGGUUGAAGAGAAGUUGUCUGCAAGAAUAUUAACACUGAAUAGACCUGAGCAAUUGAAUGCCCUUUCAUUUCAAAUGAUUUCUCGGCUAUUGGAACUUUUCAUUGCAUAUGAGGAGGAUUCUAAUGUGAAGUUGGUAAUUGUCAAGGGAAAGGGAAGAGCAUUUUGUGCUGGAGGUGAUCUUGCAGCAGUGAUUCGGGAUAUUAAUGAAGGUACCUGGAGAAUAGGUGCAAGAUUGUGUGGGUUGCAGUUCACCUUAAAUUACAUUUUGGCAACAUAUCGUAAACCCCAGGUUUCAAUCCUUAAUGGAAUUGUCAUGGGAGGUGGGGCGGGAGCUUCAAUACAUGGCAGAUUCCGGGUUGCAACAGAAAAUUCGAUCUUUGCAAUGCCAGAAACAGCUUUGGGAUUCUUCCCAGAUGUGGGUGCCUCUUAUUUCUUGUCAAGACUCCCUGGAUUCUUUGGAGAAUAUCUUGGUCUUACAGGCACUAGGUUGGAUGGUGCUGAAAUGCUUGUAUGUGGGCUUGCAACUCACUUUGUCCCCUCAGAGAGAUUGUCUUUUUUGGAAGAAGCACUGUGCAAGGUAGAUUCAAGUGAUCCAGCCAUAAUCUCCGCAGUUAUUAAUGAGUACUCAAAGCAACCUUAUUUGAAAGAGCAAAGUGCAUAUCACAGAUUGAAGGUCAUUGAUAGGUGCUUUUCUCGAAGAACAGUGGAAGAAAUCAUAUCUGCCCUUGAGAGAGAGGCCUUGAAUGAGAAGGAUGAUUGGAUCUCUAAAACAAUCCAGUCACUGAAGAGAGCGUCACCAACAAGCCUUAAAAUUUCUCUGAGAUCGAUUAGACAAGGACGGCUCCAAGGUGUUGGUCAAUGUCUUGUUCGUGAGUAUAGAAUUGCUUGUCAUUUCCUGCAAGGAAAACUCAGCAAGGAUCCCUUUGAGGGCUUCAGAGCUAUACUAUUGGAUAAGGAUAAGAGCCCAAAGUGGGAGCCCUCUAAAUUGGAGCUUGUUAGUGACAAUAUGGUUGACUCAUACUUCUCUAUGAUGGAUGAUGAAGGCUGGGAAGAUCUAAAGCUCCCUGCGAGAUCUAAUUUGCCUGCAUAUGCCAUUGCAAAGCUUUAAUG